AUGAAUUUAGUGGAACGACUCCGGGAAAAGCUACACAUCGGCAACGAACUAUAUCGAGCCGCUCUCGCUGAAUUGUUCUGUACUGGCUUCUUGCUGUUUGGCGGUUGUUCGAUAAACGCACAGUUCGUGUUGUCCCAACGGCGAACCGACGAAUGGAUUGCUGUGGCCAUCGGUUGGGGACUUAUAUUGCUGUUCGCUGUACAGAUGAGCUACCGUAUAUAUCGGGUGGACAUCUGA